AUGCUGCGUCUCUCGCGUAUGAGCCUUUGCGCGGCCCGCCCGUCCAGCGCCGUGGCGCGCGCCAUGAGCACGUCCAAGCUGAGCCUGGAGCAGCUGGCGCAGCGCCAGAGCCUCAAGGGCGCGCGCGUGCUGGUGCGCGCCGACCUGAACGUGCCGCUCAAGAAGAACCAGACGCCCGCCACCAUCACGGACGACACGCGCAUCCGCGCCGUGCUGCCCACGCUCAAGCUGCUGCAGGGCGCGGGCGCGCGCACCGUGCUGUGCUCGCACCUGGGCCGUCCCGGCGGUGAGGCCAAGGACGAGCUGCGCCUGACGCCCGUGGCCGCGCGCCUCGGCGAGUUGCUGGGCAGCCCCGUCAAGAAGCUGGACGACUGCAUCGGCCCCCAGGUGGACGCGGGCAUCGACGCGUUGCAGGACGGCGAGAUCGUGCUGCUGGAAAACGUGCGCUUCUACAAGCAGGAGACAGAGAACGACCCCGAGUUCGCCAAGCAGCUGGCCCACAGCGCCGACAUCUACGUCAACGACGCGUUCGGCACGGCCCACCGCGCGCACGCGUCCACGGAGGGCGUGACCAACUACGUCAAGACCAACGUGGCCGGCUUCCUCAUUGAGAAGGAGCUCAAGUACCUGUCCGGCGCCGUGGACGCGCCCGUGCGCCCGCUCGGCGCCGUCAUCGGCGGCGCCAAGGUGUCCACCAAGAUCCCUGUGCUCAAGUCGCUGCUGCAGAAGUGCGACAAGAUCAUGAUCGGUGGCGGCAUGAUCUUCACGUUCUACAAGGCGCAGGGCCUGGACGUGGGCAAGUCCAUCAUUGAGGAGGACAAGGUCGAGCUCGCCAAGGAGAUCUUGGAGGAGGCCAAGCAGCGCGGCGUGCAGAUCGUGCUCCCCACGGACGUCGUGGUUGCUGACAAGUUCGAGGCCGACGCGCAGUCGAAGGUUGUGCCGGCCAACGCCAUCCCUGCGGACUGGCUGGGCCUGGACAUUGGUCCCGACUCGCAGGCCACGUUCGCCAAGGAACUCAAGGAGUGCAAGACCGUUGUGUGGAACGGCCCCAUGGGUGUGUUCGAGUUCCCUGAGUUCGCCAAGGGCACGUUCGGCGUGGCCAAGGCUCUUGCGGAGAGCACGGAGAGCGGUGUCACCACCAUCGUGGGUGGCGGCGACUCGGUGGCCGCCGUCGAGCAGGCCGGCCUUGGCUCCAAGAUGAGCCACAUCUCCACGGGCGGCGGUGCCAGCCUGGAGCUGCUCGAGGGCAAGGUGCUCCCGGGUGUCGCCGCUCUAAAUGACGCUUAGACUAGCCACGAGCUUGAGGCUGCUGGCAAUAGACAGCUUUGGGCAAUCAAUCGGUAGUGCUCGCGAUAGAUGCAGCAGCUUCGAAGCGGAGACGACGACAAAGAGGGCAAGUAGGCCGCAACGCCUCCUGCGCUCUUGUUGUAAAUCAAUGUGAAUAUUGAAUUGUAACUUCAUCUCGUGCGUGGCAGGCGCUUGUCCAGGAGAGCGUCCAUCACCGAAGUAACCUUUGGACAUGCUGCAAACUGGGACAAUGUGAAGAUCUUC